AUGGUUUACCGAGGAGUUCAAGCUUUUGGGCAAAUUGACUGCACAGAAGAAGAGGUGGACAAAAAAAUGGAAGGACGUCUCUAUCGAUUGCACACACCGUCGAGUCGAAUUCAGGCAUCUCGAACAUUUCAUCGUUUGGAAAGAAACGUUCGCACACUAUACAAUGCAUUGGAAUCAAAGAAGGGGCCGGUUUUGUCGAAAUCAUCCGGUCGUUUCUAUCGAAAAAUCGCCGGCUCGCCCACGCAUCGGAUAUCGCCACAAGCAACGAGAAAUGUGUUCCAAGACUCACGCGACUACGCGCGAACGAUGGGCCGGACGACGAUGCGAACAAAGGCGCCCUCUCUCCAGCAACAAGUCGAACCAUCGCAAAUGAAAGGGAGAAAGACGAAGCAAACCUGCAAAUUAACAACAACUAAAGUUGCGGCGGAACCACCGAGAGCUCAACCACGACUCAAACAACGCAACAACAGAGUCGAAGUUCAAUGUUCCACCACCCCAGCCACAGUCACCACACCCAAUUCCCCAGGACCGCUCACCAGAUUUCAGCAAUUCGCUCAACCAAGCCCGGCCGCCGAAGUGCCGCCGUUCUUCUAUCCCGCAACCACCGCGGGCACAG